AUGAUCAAAUUUAACAAUGUAGUCAUUUCUGAUCAGCCACCUAAUCAACCUUGGGUGAUUUCAGAGUUAGGAAGAGGCGGAUUCGGAAUUAUAUACUUGUGCCAGGAACAGACAACAGGCAAGAAAAUAGUGGUCAAAGCCUGUAACAACGGGAAUCAAAGAUCAGAAAAAUCAAAAGAAAGAUGGCGGAGUGAGUGUAAAAUAAUGACGCAGCUGGACCACCCACACAUCAUCAAAACAGUGAAACCGCCACCCAAUCUCCAUGCCUUCGAUAAGGAUCCUAAUCCAGUCCUAUGGUUAGAGUUCUGUAACAAAGAUGAUCUAAGGAAGGAAAUUUGCAAGCCAUAUAAUAUGUUUGGAUUGGAGGAAUAUCAAGUUAAGAUGAUAGCCCAUGACGUUUCAUCGGCCGUUGAGUUCUUGCAUGAUAAAAAAAUCUACCAUCGAGAUUUGAAACCGGAAAACAUUAUUCUGAAUAAAAACGAAGGAGAAAGAAUUGUGUACAAAGUCAUAGACCUGGGUUACGCAAAGGUCGUCACUAAAGAUAGCAUAUGCAACUCGUUCGUCGGAACUCUACAGUAUUUGGCCCCGGAGUUGAUGAUGUCAAAUGAACCGAGGUAUACUAGAACUGUGGAUUUCUGGUCGCUGGGAACUACAGUCUUCGAAUGUAUCAGUGGUUUUAGGCCUUUUCUACCUAACGCUGAAUUCGAUAGAUGGCAAGCGAUAGUUAGAGAAAAAAGAGACAUCCAUAUAUACGCGUGUCCAAAUAAUUCUGGUCAACAUGUUCUGUAUGAGAAGUUGCCGACACCGAAUCGGCUUUGCGAAUUAGCUCAGAAAGGAUUCGAAAGUUGGUUGCAGUUGAUGUUGAGAUACAACUCGUUGACAAGAGGUGGAAUUGAACUAGCCAACAACUACCCACAAUGCUUUCCUAUUCUUGCUCAGAUUCUUGACCAAAAAAUUUUGAGAGUAUUCAGUCCAAUGACGAACACGACGGACUGCUUCAACGUGCACAACGAAAGUCUCAAAACCGUCCAACAACUGAAAGAAUUCUAUGAAACGAAACUAUCAAGAGCCUCGAAUCAAGCGGCCUCCUCAAGAACGCCACCUGGCCAAUUUUCAUUUCUGCUCGUAACUCCAACCGGCCUGAUCCCAGACGCCAUUAGUCCGCUCGAGAACUACUGCUCGCCACUCGACUACAACAUCAGUGCCGAAAACUCGCAAAUUGAAAUCAACCUCUACCUAAUAACCACAACCACCUCUAACGAUCUAGCGCCUAGAAUUUUGGGAAGAAAAUUGGAAAACUUUUUGCAGUUACGUGAUCAAAAGCUGGAUGUGGCAGAGCAGUGCAAAGUAGCGAGGAAUUUAACUUACUACACCCUGGAGAUGAGAAAAGACAUGCACAACCUUGUGAGUGCUGCUGAGGCCAUCUGCCUCUGCCUCAAUAGGACGAGAAUCGAGGCAGAGACCAUCGUCGGCGAACUACAGAACGCUUCAAUUCAGUACAAUACUAAUUUAGAAUUUUUCACUUCCAGUCUCACGGCGGAUUUGCAAAAUCUCGCUACUUUUAAUGACGCGGAAAGAAAAAAAACGUUGAGAGAAGAGUGGGAGAAAGAUUUAAACAGUUUUCAGAAGUUCGAUUCAAUCGGCGAGGAGAUCCAGGCCAGUUUAAAUUGCGUGACAUUCAAAAAUUCUCAGACACUCAAAUCACCCUGUUACGACUACAACCUCGUCAACACAAAGAUGUCGACUUAUUUCAAUAACGCUUAUGAGACGUACGAAAAGUUGAAGAACGUACCGCACAACUUGAAAUCAAGCACGAACAUGACCCUAGACUUGUCGAAUAUUUUGAAGAAUUGUAGAGGGACCUGGAGCCUCAUGUCUAAAGAUUAUCUGACCUUUAUUAGAAACCUAGCCCAAUGUGAAAAGGAUUUAAACGUCAUAACGUUAAGAGCAACUGAACAGUUAGAUAUAUUGCACCAGCUUAUGAAAGACAUUUCAAAAAGGCAAUCUAAGAGACAGGAGACAAUAUGGCGGAUGUCACUGGCAAAUAACUCGAAAGACAUCUCAGAAUCCCAAACAGCCCAAGCAAAUGGCACUUGCAUUGGUGCUUCCACUAGCGGUAACAGUAGUGGUGGUAGCGGUAGUAGCGGCAACGACGACAACGUUAAUUAUGUAGUGGCCGGCAUCAACGAUGGAAAUAUAUUGUGUGCUCGAAGUAUGGAGCUGAUUGAAAGAGCCCAGAAUAUACUGGCGGACGAAGCGGACACCAAAGCCUACUCCAUCGUCGACAGAAUAGAUUGGAAAGCUUUGAAGCUCUAAUUUAUCAAUCCCAUUACGAUUUCAUUAAUAAUUCAUUCAUGUAUCAUAACCCAUUAUAAAUAAAAUUCAUUCAUUAAAGAGAGAGAGAGAGAGAGAGAAAGAGAGACAGAUAGAAAGAGAGAAUGAGUGUUACUUUAUAAAUGUUGAAUAUUUACGUAAAAUGCACGGACGCUGUAUUAAGAGUUGGGUCUUUCAUAGGAAUCGCAAUUGAAAUUAAAAUAAAAUAAUAUGGAAAU